UUUUUCUUUAACAUAGGAAUCUAUGAUAAAGACACGCCCUGCAGCACCUCACCAUCCCCACACCAUCAUCCAAGCUACCAUCCCCGUUGAAACGGGCCCCGUCACCACGGUUGCGAGUGUUAGAGUACAGUUCGAAGACGACCGACUCUACACUUCACUAUCAUAGGUCUUCAGUUAUCACCGCCGGACGGCAGUCCUGAUCCCGAGUUCGAGCCGGCAAGAAAAGAUGUCAGUCGCACCGGUGGAAUGGCCUCCGUACGAGGAGCUCGAUCACUCGAAUCGACAGCAGCAGUUCAUAAUAGUCAUCAUGUUCUUCACCGUGAUUGCGACGGUCUUCGUACUCGGUCGUCUGUACACUAGGUCAUUCGUGGUGCGCAGUUUUGGCAAUGAUGAUUGGGCAAUAUUUUUGGCAGCGAUAUGCUUGUGGGCAAGCAGUUUGACCAGUGUAAUAUAUGUCCAGCGCGGCCACAUUGGAUAUCAUGUAUGGGACUUCACCUUCGAGCAAGCGAGAUGGACGUCGACUCAGAAGAUGGCUAUUGCAAAUCAGCUACUCUAUAAUCCAGUUCUGACACUCACCAAAGCCUCGCUGCUUCUCUUCUAUCUGCGUCUCAGCAUCAACGCUGCCUUUCAUCACUGGGUAUGGGCGACAAUGUGGUUCACUGUAGGGCUGGGAAUCUCUACCUUCAUUGUCGAUCUGUUCCAAUGCACGCCCGUCGCCUUCUUCUGGGACCCUUCGAUUGUUGGUGGAAAGUGCAUCGACCAGUUCUUAUUCUACUUCAUCACCGCCGGAAUCAGUACUGCCACCGACCUCUGGAUUCUCCUCCUACCUAUGCCCAUUUUCUGGGGUCUGCAGAUUUCCGUCAAGCGGCGUAUCAUUCUGAUUUCCCUCUUCGCACUCGGCUCAGUCGUCGUCAUCAUGUCGAUUCUCCGUCUCAACGCUCUGCACCGCGUCUUCUUCCGCACGAACGACCCGACGUACGACGACGUUGUCAUAUGGUCCAACAUGGAACUCUGCCUGGCAGUAGUAUGCACCUGCAUUCCGGCGUUGCGGCCGCUGUUCUCCAGGCUCUUCCCUCGCAUCUUCAGCUCGGUUGGCCAAUCCGCCUACCAGUCCUCUGGCCAGGGCUACGUGGCCGACGGCUCACGCAGCGGUACACGAAGGAGAGCAACAGCUCAGAAUUUCGGGCUGGAAGAGCUCGGAGUUGCCGACUCCAAGGGCGUCUACGGAACCGGACCGAACAAAUCCACUAGCAACGACAGCGAGGAGAUGAUUAUUGGAAAGUCCGCGAGCGAACUCACGCAAACUCCUUCACCGAGCGUGGGAUUUGAUCUGCCCUCACCGGGGCAUGCGCACGUCCGCGAUGCUGGCUUCGGGACCGCGCGGUGAGAGUGAUGAUGUUUUAGGUUGAGCGAUUGCAUAUGUACAAGCUCUGUGUGUUUUGCAUGGGAGAU